CUCAAACUAUCAAUUUCUACUUUAUACAUAAAUGCUUGUUUCUAGCUUACUGUAUGUGUAAUAUAUGUUUACCUUAAUAAAUAGCAGUUAUUUAGAAAUUAAUCACAAACAAAAAAUAUAUGUUCUGCAUUGUAAGUGUAACACAUUUUCCUCAAUUCCAGAUGUGUUUUUUUUUCUCUUCCUCACUUUCUAUGCCUCUCUCUUCUAUUCUUUCCUCUACCUUGUUUAGUUUUGUCACCAUGAAGGUAGCAUUGUUUGUACUGGUGCUCCUCUGCGUGGCUGGAAUGCUGCAUGCUGAGGCCUCGGACCAGUCUGGAGAGAACAGUCUCACAGAAAAUGGACAGGGUUUGGGUAGAAGAUAUGCUGAGUCAACCAUUGCCAGUGACAUGAGCAAAAUCAUGGACUCCAUGGUUCAGAAGAAUUUUGUCAACUUCCUGCUCUACCAGAAGGAGAAAAAGAGCAUGUCUAAUGUCACUCCGGAGGAAGAUCCAGGGGCUCGUUUGUACAACAAUCUCCUGAAAAAGCUUGCACUGUGCAUCCGCAGCAAGGGACACAGAUCCAUGACCCAGUGAUGUUUUAAAGAAUAUCAGCAAAUUACCAACAUAGGUGAGA